GUUUGCCUUUCAUCGCUUGCUGGAGCUCUUCAGUGAAGGAGGUUUGAAAACACACAUACUAUGGCAGCCGCUGGAAGAGGGUUUCAGGCUGUCAAACAGCAUAUACCCCUCAUCAAAUUUCCCCAGUUUAACAUUAAAGACCCAAAAGGUAUAGGCAUGAAACUAUUAUUUCCUCCAAGUUCUAGUAAAACACUUCAAACAACACCUGAGCCAGCAAUUUCACAGGAACCAGAGAAAUCUUCCCCUCCCAUAGGCUACAUACCCCGUGGAUCUGGAGUAGACCCCUCAGAACUGCUACCUAAAUACCACAGGAAACCCAUUGAUAUAGAAGAAAUGGAAUAUAUAACAAGAGGAGGUCCUGAGUAAAUACUCCCAUCACUUAAAAAACUGCGCCAACUUUUGUGAAAACAUUCAGCCUCACCGACUUGACUUUUGAUGGUGCCUGAAAAAAUAAUAUUGACAUGCUGGUCAAGAACACAUAACAGAAAACAGAUUGUUUUUAAUUUCUAUACACACUGUUUGAAAAGUGAUAUUAUUUGCACACAAUUAAAGGACCUUACUGUUUCCUUUUUGCACAACAGUUUGGUCAAAAUUAUUUUCAUUUUGAGGGAACUGGUAAAAGCAUUGCUUUAGAUAACAUCAAUUUUUAGGUUUUUAAAAAGAUUGUUUAUCGUUUUCAUACACAGGGAUAUAAGAUGUUAACUAAAGUACAGUAUUAAUGUUUGUUAUAUUGUAAUAAAUGCGUCAUUUGUUUAA